CAGGGAGAGUCCAGUGCCAGGAAAGUUUUUUGCUUCAAAAGAGGAGAUGAGUUGGAUGCGGCCCUGGAGCUGGAGGAACUGGAGCUACUGAGAAGGGAAGCAGGAUCUAGAGAUAAGUGGGAAGACAAGAAAAAGGAAUCCACAACUUGAAUACGUUUUCCCCCUCGGGAUUAACAGAAAUAUGCAUUUCCAUAAUACCACCUUUGAACUAAUGAAGUGGAAGUACAGAUGAAAACAGUCUGGAGGAAGCUUGAAGUACAAUACAGUUUCAUUCAGUUUCCAAAUUCUGAGGAAACGAGGUUGGAAAAGUUACAAAAGCAUCUUCGCAGUCAAACACCAAAUCUUGUAUUAGGCUUCAUCAAAAGCUUAACAUUUGUCAAGCAGAAGGGCCAGCCGCCUUGCUCAGGAAGUAUUAAAAGUGAACAAUGACUCGAUUGAGAGUUUAUGAGCGAUUGCUUGGAGCCUCUCUGCUUAUCAUCCUCCAUGUUCAAGGUCAAAAUCGAGACAGCAUGCUUCAUGGUACAGGAAUGAAGACAAAUCCUGACCAAAAGAAACAAGCAAAUGGAGUAACACUUGCUCCAGAGGACACCUUACCUUUUCUUAAGUGCUACUGCUCAGGACAUUGUCCAGAUGAUGCUAUUAAUAACACGUGCAUAACUAAUGGGCACUGCUUCGCUAUCAUUGAGGAAGAUGAACAUGGGGAACCCACACUUGCUUCUGGCUGCAUGAAGUAUGAAGGUUCAGACUUCCAGUGCAAGGACUCACCUAAAGCACAACUACGUCGAACGAUUGAGUGCUGUCGGACUGAUUUCUGCAAUCAGGAUUUGCAGCCAACGUUACCACCACUUGACAGUACAGAUGGACUUUUUGAUGGCAGCAUUCGUUGGAUGGCAGUGUUGAUUUCUAUGGCAGUCUGCAUAAUUGUCAUGAUCAUCUUAUUUAGCUGCUUUUGUUACAAGCAUUACUGUAAAUCGAUGGCAAAGAGGCACUGUUAUAAUCGUGACCUGGAACAAGAUGAAGCAUUUAUUCCAGCUGGGGAGUCCUUAAAAGAUCUUAUUGACCAGUCACAGAGUUCUGGGAGUGGAUCAGGACUGCCGUUGUUGGUUCAGCGUACUAUUGCCAAACAAAUUCAGAUGGUGAGGCAAGUUGGAAAAGGACGAUAUGGUGAAGUGUGGAUGGGCAAAUGGAGGGGUGAAAAAGUCGCAGUGAAAGUGUUCUUCACCACAGAAGAAGCCAGCUGGUUCCGAGAAACAGAGAUUUACCAAACUGUUCUAAUGCGCCAUGAAAACAUCCUUGGGUUCAUAGCUGCAGAUAUUAAAGGCACUGGCUCCUGGACGCAGCUUUACUUGAUUACAGAUUAUCAUGAAAAUGGAUCAUUAUAUGAUUUCCUGAAAUGCACUACGCUGGACAACAGGGCUCUCCUCAAACUGGCGUAUUCUGCUGCGUGUGGCCUGUGCCAUCUACACACAGAGAUUUAUGGGACACAAGGCAAGCCUGCUAUUGCACACAGGGACCUGAAGAGUAAAAACAUCUUGAUAAAGAAAAAUGGAACCUGCUGCAUUGCUGACUUGGGUCUUGCAGUCAAGUUUAACAGUGACACAAACGAAGUUGAUGUUCCCUUGAAUACUAGAGUGGGAACAAAACGUUACAUGGCUCCAGAGGUCCUAGAUGAAAGCCUGAAUAAAAACCAUUUCCAGCCAUACAUCAUGGCUGACAUCUACAGUUUUGGGCUGAUCAUUUGGGAGAUGGCUCGGCGCUGCGUCACAGGAGGUAUUGUUGAAGAGUAUCAGUUGCCAUAUUAUGACAUGGUGCCAAACGAUCCAUCCUACGAGGACAUGCGAGAAGUGGUGUGUGUCAAACGCCUGCGCCCAGUCGUAUCAAAUAGAUGGAAUAGUGAUGAAUGUUUAAGAGCAAUAUUGAAAUUAAUGUCCGAAUGCUGGGCUCAUAACCCUGCUUCAAGGCUCACUGCCUUGAGGAUCAAGAAGACACUUGCCAAGAUGGUGGAAUCACAAGAUGUAAAGAUUUGACAUAGUAAAUUGACAUUGGAGAGCAAAGCUGGACUCCUUUUCACUCAAACGUGGGUGAGACCUAUGUGGAAAGAGGAAAUAACUGAGAUUCAGUAUAUUUUCUCAGCACACUUCUACAGGCUGCUAAUCAAACCUUUCAGUACUUCAUAGACUGUGAUGCUGAGAGCCUCUGUACACUACAUGCUACGUACGGACAGCCUUGAUUAAAAUACACGGUUUGGUUUUGUUUGAGCUGCAUUGAGACUUCAGUCAUACUUAGUGAGUCUCCAGUAAAACUCUGGGUACUGAAUUGAAUGUUCAGAUUACAGUGCUUUCUGUGAAAGCCUAACAAGCUAUAUGGAUUCAACAGAGAUGGAGAAUAUAAGCUUUUUCUUUGCCUUCUACCUGAUAAAACCUAGUCAAUCCAUACCAAGUUUUUGUGAAACAGCCUGUAGGUUAUGAAUCUGUUUGUGAUACUACUCGGUUUAACAGUUCCUUAUGCCUUGAUGUGUGUGCCAGGAUUAUUUUGCUGUCAUUUGGAAUAGAUAAGAAACCGUUUAAAUGAACAAAGUUUUAUGGUCAGGGCUCCGUGCAUUUUGUGGCUCCACAAUCAGAGUUUUGCUACAGAAUUUAUUCCUUGCCAUUAAGUUAUCCUCCAAAGAUCUCGGGUUUAAGUUUAUUUCUAUUCUUGUUUUGGUCACAAGGAGGAGAAUUGCAAGAAUGUGAACCCUUAAUAAAUUAAGGAAUGCUCACCUAAGUCUGUAGAGAGCUUGAAACAGUCUCUCCCAGAGGUGUAGGCUGCCUUGGUCAUCUCAUUUACAGUCUGGUGGGCUCUAUAAUUGCGUGACUACGAAAUCUGGUGCAUUUUUCAGUGCCACAUGCAACAAGCAGUUUUGCUGUAGAAUAAUUUGCAUCUGAACAGAAAGACCAUUCAGGAUGUGUUUUGCCUUUCUACUUUAUUGAGACUCACUACUAGGUGCCUGUCAUGCUCUGAAUUUUCUUCCACACAGGAGGGAAUCAGUCAGCUGUAGGAGCGUGCUUUUUCGUCAUCUGACAAAACUAGGCAGAAGUUGAGUUUUGAAAGACUUGAGAACAAGUCUAUAAUUUACAGACACAAAAGAGGGAAGGCAGGAUGCACAGGCCAAGCACUCGGAAGAUUAGAGAACAUAGUAAAGGUCAAGACCAGAAGAACUGAACAUGUGAACUGUUGACGGUAAGAUCCGCAGGGUGCAGAAGCUUCUGAACGGGGAUGCCCUGAUGUAAAAGCAGGAGGCUGGAUCUCUGGGCCACUUAACUGACAACAGUCAGCCUUUGGGACAAGGUAAAUCAAUGGGUGAGUUAAGUUCUAGUUAAGCACAUUUGUGAGGAAUGGCACUGAAAGAUAAUCCAUGAAGAUAAAAGUUAACAUCACUGCAAAAUUUGGUCGUCUUGUGCCAACUGUUUGGCAUGCACAGGAAACUGUGUAGUUCCCUCCUUUUCUUCACUGACAAGCUGGUUAAAAGCCAGAACCCUUCCGUGAGGUUACUGUAAGGCAGAAUUACUGAUUUAUAACUCCUUUGGCACUUCUGCUUUGAAGUUAGAAAAUAGUACCAUAACUCAAGUUGAAGCUUCAAAUGCAUGAAUUAUCUGAAGAAUGAACACACAGUAUUGGAACCAUUGAAUCUAUUCGAUAAUUUAAGUGCCUAUAACUUUGUACUGUAAAUCUUGUUCUAGAUAACUUUAAAAAGGGAAGUUAUUUAUACAGUGUGGUUUGUGCUUGAGUUAAAAAAACCCAAACGCCUAGUCCUAGGUAUAUGUGUACGAUUAGAUACAUGCACACACACUUACGCCAUAGUUGAGAUUUGACGAAAGAAGUUAGGAAUAAUAUUAAAAUUGAUGGAAAAAAUGUUAAAACUUCAGAUUGAUUUAUGCCAGAUUAUUUGUUGUCUUAAACUAUGUACAUGGAGAUUGUUUUGAUAUGUGUUUAAAUUUCCCUUGAAAAUACAACUGAUAGAAAACAAUGUAAUGCAGGACUAAUGUGAUUUGUGAACAAUUACAAUCUUCUAACAUGUUGGGGUUUUUUGUUCGAAUUCUGUAGUUCACAUAAUGUAAAUGGUCAGGCAAAAGAUUGCAGUAUUUUUAUUUUCUAUUGUGAUGUACAGACUUUAUUUAACAGUUCUACGUAUUUUAUAGAAAACUAGCUAUUUCGAGGGACAUUUCUUUUUUUUUUUUUUAAAUAAAGUCAUUACUUUUGUUCAGUAAUGCCUUUAAGUAUUAAUAUGUACUCUGGCUGAGAAGUUCAUAGGUGUGUCAACUAUGGUUAUAACUUAUUUGAAAACAUCAAGAGAUACAUGCUAUUGUGCCACAAUCCUCAUGAUAAAGGGCUUUUUUUUAAAAAAAAAUGUUUCUCCGUCCAUUGCCAAGAAAUAUAUGAUGAGUUUGAAAUGGUUAAUCAUGUCUUUGCGCAUAAUUUUUGCACAAGUAGUUGGAAAAUAUUUGGCAUGAGCCAAAAAAAAGUAAAGGGAUAAGUUUUGGGUUUUUUCCUGCUCUAGGAUUUUUAUCAAUAAGAAGGAAAAAUGUUUAUGUAGGUACCCUGCUAGCUUACAUUUUCAGAGCAGGGAGGUCUAUUUAAAUUAACCCAUAACUAUUAGAUUUUUUUUAUUAUUUCUUUUAGAAGUUGUCAGAGCAUUAUUAGCUAUAAACUGGUUUUGUGAAUUUUUUAAUACCUUUUUCCCAAGUCUUGAGGAAGCUGCUGUUGGAAGUCUAAGUUUCGAUAAUUUGUAAUUAUUCACUUAUUUUCUUCUCCAUUGUUUAGGCAUUUGCAAGGCAAUAGGAUGGUGAUCUUUGGUAGAUGUCUUAAGAUCUAAACUGAUUUACACAUUUACUUUAACGCAGAAUUUAGUUGACUGCUGCAAGGAUGAUCUUUGAGAGGAAAAAAAUCUUUUUGCCUUAAGCUUAACCUUAAUUUUUCAGCACUUUGCUUACUAGGUUUGUACUCAGACAUAUCAGCAUAUGCAGUUGUCACUGACCUGAACAGGAGCUGCUAGGUCUUUAGCAUUCCUUGAUUGCGUGAUAUUUCAAAAAAUGUUACCCCUGAAGGAUCUGGUUGCAUAAAGCACAUGAGCUCAUAUCUCCAUUCCGUGCAAAGUCAUUAACUGUGGAGCCUAAGUAUGUCUAUACUGGUGUUUUAACAAUCAUUGGGA